ACUUUUGAUACGUCGUCAGCGUCGCCAGUUACCAAAGCGGAUCGCGCAGCUGGCAGCAGCAAUAACAACACCAGCAACAACAACACCAGCAACAACAACAACAUUCCGUCCAUUUCAAUUGUAGUUGUUGUUGCCUUUAUUUUUUGUUGUAUAUACAACUUGUAUCUUAAUGCGCGUUCGUUUCGGGCUACGACUCUGCAAAAAAUUAAAUAAUUAUAAGUAUACAAAAAAGUGGCUCGAGUGCUAAACAACAACAACAACAACAAAAAGAAGAAGAAGAAUAAAAGAAGUGCUUGCCUAGGCAUAAAAAGUUUUUCAAUAAUAGAAUAGCAAUAAUAAACGUGUAUAGAGAAGAAAACAAAUACGUAAAGAAAAAAGAAAAUGUGUGCUAUAGAAAAGUUUAUAAAGUAACUUAAGUUUCGUAUCGUGUGCUCUCUAUCUCUUUCGCUCUUCCGCACUCUAUUUCCCCCUCCUGGCGUCCCCCUCUACUGCAUGCAUUCCUUGGAAUCAUUUUAUGUGGAUUAUCGUUAUCGAGUCAAGAAAUUGCGUUUUUUGGAAUAUUUUUUACGUUAUACCUCAGUCUAUAACGCUAAAUAAAUAUCGUUUUCGCUUAUCGAAAAUACAACAAAAGUCUGUACCGAAUGCUGCCGCCAAAUUGCACAGAAACUCAAAAUAAUUGCGAUAAGGCAAUUGAAAAUAAAUGGUACUAUGUGCCUCAGUUGCAUUCAAUGAGGAGAACCUGAAGAAUCAGAAACGAACCGAUGUGAUACUUGGAGACUAAGCAUUGCAACAACGAUAUAAAUACAUUAGUGUUUACUAUUUAGCACUAGAUAAAGCUUUAGGAAUAGCACAAAAAAACUACAAGACAAUUUCGGCUGUAAGACUUGAGCUAAAAGACUUGCCAAAUUCAAUAUGGAACACUUGGAUCUGGCGGGUUAUCUGAAUACACCAGUUAACUGGAAUCUGGGCGCAUUUGAACAGCAAGAUGCCAUUUACUUGUCCAGCUCGCGUCAAAUGCUGGAGCCCAUCAUGGAGGAGACGUCCGAGGAUGAGGAGCAUGCGCAAAACAGUUGGAAUGGCUAUGAGCAAAGAGGCAGCUGUGGCGGAUUCUGGAGCUCCGCAGAGUCUGAAACGGGUUCGGUCAUAAGAGUCGAAGUGAAUAAGGAUAUCGACGCCAUAUCGGAACGUGACUUUGCCUGUCCACCGAAGCGGGCACGUCGCUCACAGGAUGAGCAACUGCAGCAGCAGCAGCAGCAACAACAACAACUGCAGCUACAAUCACAGCAGCCACACAGUCUGGAGGAUGUGGUGCAGCUGCGUCGUCCGCCACCGCCGCGCUAUGAUGCGGAUGCCCACAACAGCCUGGAGCGUUUUCUGGCCCUGGAGGCCUGUGCUCGCGAUAGCUACGGCAGUCAGGGACAACGGAACAGCACUGGCAGUCGACGUGGCACCUUUGAGGACUUCUAUUCCGACAAUGAUUCGUAUCAUUCGCUGUCACGCAGCUCCUCCUUGGUGCAGUUUGAGUCGCUGGAGCGACAGAUGACGCUGCAGGAGCAGCAUCAAAGCAUGAACAGUCUGGGCAAUAGUUCACCCUCACUCCUCAGCUGUGAAACAAUGUCCAGCUGCGGCACAGGAGGAGGAGGAGGAGGCGGAAGCGGAAGCGGAGGAGGAGGAAGCGGUGGCAGUCACAGCAAUCCGGACAGUCGUCGAGGCUCAGCGACAUCGCUGCUGAAACGCUAUGAAUCCAGCGAUGGACGACUGCAUCAAACAUAUUACGAGCUGCACAAGCUGACAGACUUUGAGGAGCAGCAACGUGAAUUGUUUGGUGCCUGCAAGAAUCUGCAUCAAGCGGAACUGAAAUCGGAUUCGGAAUCGAGCAGCACAUCGAGCAGUGAUAGCAGUGGACACAGCAUGCUCAGUGCUUGUCCAGGCAAACAAGAUGCUGCUGGCGGCAUACGCAGAUUACCAUUAAAUUCGGCGGAGAAUUUGUCUGAGGAUUCGGGAUACUGUGAGCCAUUGCGACGGGCCAAAUCGAAGAGCAUACCAAAGAAUUUCGACAAACUGUGCGAGGAGGAGGAGGUGGAGGUGGAGAUAGAGGUAGAGGUAGAGGAGCUGCUGCUGGAAGCGGCAGCAACAGCAACGCAUUCCAAAAACUCCAAUGAUUUGUGUCAGACAAAAAUAGAGCAGACAAAUGAGACGCAGUCAACGGCAUCACGAACAUCAUCGUCGUCGUCUUCUCUAUGCUCUCCAACAUCAUCUAUUAAUAGCUGCGAGAGCGGCGCACACUCACCAUCGCCCAGCGGAUCAGCAGCAUCCACAUCGUCGUCUCCGUCGUCGUCUCCAACGUCGUCUCCAUCGUCGUCGUCUGCCGCCUCGUUCACUUGGCUGCGCAACAGUUUGCCCGACAUACGCGAGCCGCGAGGUUCGUCUCCCAAUUUUCAAACGGACAGCAACAGCUACGUGCUGGCCAACAACAGCAGCAACACCAAUCACAGCAGCCGCAGCAGCAGCAGCAGCAGCUCCUCUGCCGAGUGCUCGCCUGUGCUGGCAAGAACAUCAGAAGCCACCAAUACCAAUACCAAUACCAACAGCAACACCAACACCAACACCAUUACCAGCAGCGUGCCCAACGAGCUGCAGCAGCUGGGAAGACGCCGAAGAGCACGUCGCUCCAAUCGCAGCGAGAGGAAUUGCCAGAGCAGUGACGGUUACAGUUCUAGCGAGGAUUUGGAUAAGUUUGAUUGCCACAGUUUGCCGCGCAUACGACGCAGUUGCAGCUGGAACGAUCGUUGUGCUCUCAGUGGAACAGGAGCUGGUGCAGCAUCUGGUGCUGGUUACUUGAAUGCCAGCUAUCAGAAUCUAACCUUGUUGGAUUACGCGGAUCAAAGUGAAAAUUGCAAACGCAGCUCGUUGGACAUGGAUAAACGUGGCAAUAAGAAACCACGUGUCGUUUCUGGUGAGGAUUAUGAGCAUCUCAUAUGCAAGGGUAACUUUCUGUUGGAUGAGCUCAGUCAGAUCUAUGACAAAAAUGCAUCUAUACUCAAUGACAAAACCGUGGAGGAGGAGCUGGCAUUGGAGCAGCGACCGGAGCCGAAGUCACUGCAGGACUUAAUGGAUCCACCGCAGGUGCAACAUGUGCAGUUAACCAUACGCAAACCGCCGGCUCGCCAAAAGCACAAGGAGCUGGUGGUGCUGUCCCAGGAGGUGACUUCACCACCACCCGCAGCAGCUGUCAUCAGUUUCAGCAGCUUUGGCAAAACAUUUGAUCAGGAUCCAACCAAUUUGAGGACAUCCUAUGCCCAGUCACUGGAACAGUGCAACUUUCAGGUGUCCAACACGGAGCUGGCCAGCCAGAAAUCGACUGCUCCGGUGCGUGUGCUGCCCAAGCGACGCUUUCAGAGCACAACGGCCAAGCAACGUAGUCUGGUCAGCAGCACGCCCAAUUUGUCGGCCUUCGAUGGUGGCCAGGAGACGGAGGAUGAUAUAUAUGUAAGCAGUGCACACAAUUCGAUGCAUCAGCUGCCACAGACGACCACACAGCCAAAGCCGUUGGGGAUUCUGCUGCCAGCGGGAUCACGUAAUUCAUUUAGCAAGGAGGUGAGUUUCUGUCCCGUGGUGAGUAAAUAUUGCUGGCAGGAGCAAUCGUCGGAGGAGCCACAGGAGGAGCAGCCGAGCAGCGAUGAGGAGGAGCAGCAGCAGGAGCAGCAAGAUGUUGAUGAGGAGGAGCUGUUGGAUAACAACGAUGCCACUGUUAUUUAUAACACCAAAGAGAACGAAAACAUUGCAGUGCGCUACAACGAAGAGCAGCAACUAAGAGCAACGCAGCAAGAGCAGCAAAUGUUAAGAGAAACGCAGCAAAGAGCGCCAGAGCAAGAGCGAGAGCGAGAGAGCGUCGUUGCGGCUGCGAUCGAUGAGCGCAGCGCUGAGAGCGAUGAAAACAAUGAAAACAUCGCCAGCAUGGAAACGAAAACAUCGCCAACGUCGCUGUCGCUGUCGCCGUCACUGUCGUCGCCGACGUCGUCAUCGCCCGUUACGGUUUCAGUUCCAAGCGUCGCUGCUGCCGUCAGUCUUGAAACGCGCGUCGUCGCGAGCUCAUCAACCGCAAACGUCGCUCCAGUUUCAGCAGCAUUUUCAGUGCCAGCGUCAGUUACAAGCGUUUCACAUUCGCAACGUCCGUUAAGCCUGCACUUGCCAAUUUUAAGUGAGCCGCCCACAAAUCGCGCCCAUCAUAUACUCUACGCCUCGCAGCAAUUGCUGCAGCGUUACGACACCGAUCACGAUCACGUUCACGAUCACGUUCACGAUCACGGCAACAUGUCCAAGUCGCAGUCACUAAAUGCCGCGAUCUCCCACUCCAGUGGCAACAACAAUGAGUCGCCGCAAAAGCAGCGCGCCAAUAAAUCCGAUGAGAAGCAUCCAAGUUCAAAGAGUUUUCUAUCGCGUUUCGCGCACGGUUUCCGUUUCUCCCUUCGCCGCAAGAAGAAGCAGCAACAGCAACAGCAACAACAACAGCAGCAGCAACUGGAACAGAAGCCUGCCACAACCAAGACUGUUAAGCAACAGAGCAAUGGUAAAUCGCAGGAUAUCGUACAUAUACCGCUUAAACCGCCACGCAGCGGCAUGCUCGACGACAGCAACAUCUCUGAGGCGAGCACAGCGAGCAUGCACAGCCGGCAAGCAACAACAACAGCAACAUCUGUUGCUGCUGCUGCUGCUGUCGAGUUGGAGCAGCUGCCAAAAACGUCAACACUGCAAAAGCUGGUGACGGGUAAGCCUCCAUUGCCAAAGCAGCCGGCACGUCAGGCGCAUGCGCUAUCCUCGUCAGCCGCCAGUGGCAGUGCUGCCCAUCAGUCAACAGCUGCUGCUGCAGCUGCUGUCGGCAGUGCUGCCCAUGCGAGCAAUGCUCUCUUAGACGCCGAACGGCAACAAUAUGCUGCAUUUGCCAAACAGUUGACAUCGGGCCAGCGUCAAACGACAACGACAAUGCGCGACAUGUCGCAAACCGGAGCGGUAACCGGAACGGCUACAGAAUCACCAUCACGCGCGAGCGUUGCACAAAAGACGCAAAUGUUCAAUCAGCUGGGCGCCAACACCAACACCAACAAUACCAACACCCGACCCCUGACCAUGGUGACAGCCGUGCCAGUUGCCGUGUCGCCAAUGCUCGACAAUAAGAUGGGCCUCAUCGAAACCAAUUUGGACACACACGAAACGGUUAUAUCGGGCAAGACACGCUCCCUCAUGGACAUCACAUGCAAUCCAAUGCAUCAGCCCCACAAGCGUUAUCUGGUCAAGCGUUUGAAUGUCACCAGUGCCGCCUACGAGCAUGACGAUGAUGACGAUGAUGAUGAUGAUGAUGUGGAUGCCAAUGGGCAACGCAUCAAGACAUCGUCACAAGCUGGAGGUGUUCAGAUUGCAUCGGUCCGAAGACCACACAAAAGCAUGGAAUUUCUGUUGGAUAAAGAGAAUCAAAAGAAUGUUUUGCCACCUGAGAAUGAACUACAGAAAUCGCAUGAUCACAAUUCGGCCGCCCUGAGCGAGCAUCAGUUGCGGGUGCAGGCAUCGUUGCAACGCCUUAAUAUUCCCGACUGGUUCCGACAAUACAAUCAAAAUGCCGCACGGUCGCCAGAUGUCGCCAACGCCGGCAAUGCUGGAGCAGCAGCGACCUCUGGCGGCUACAAGCCGGGCAACUUUACAAGGAAACGCACACAGGAUUCAGGACGCUGGCAGGGUCUCAACUCAAAGACGACUUCGCUCAGUUCGCUGGGAUCUCAGCGCUCCGAUCGUAGUCCCUUGCUCUUGAGUCCCUCGGCGCACAGUCAUCAUGGCGGUCAGAGCAGCAGUGUGAGUGGUGCGGCAGUGGGUCAUCAUGGACAAGGUCAGGGUGUGGGCGCCACACGCUGGUCCACCUCACAUCUCAACUCCACGCAGACAUCGCCAAGUGUCUCGCAACGUGGCAGCUUUGCUCGUGGCGCUCCCAUCAACAGCAGCUUCAUGUCCGUGGCAAGUGGCAGCAGUGCCGGCGCAGGCAGCGUACUGAGGAACUCCUAUCGUCAGCCCUAUCUCGGCUGGCGCAGCACAGAGAAGCUCUCACAGCGCACGCCACACGAAAGGCUGGCCAACUCACUGCUGGCGCAACGAACAUCCCCCACAACGGCAACGGCAACAAAUGGAGGGCGUUGCCUGCAGCCUGUGACGCCGGAGAUACAGAGCUCCAUCAAGGAGGUCACCUCGGCCAUAGUGCACUAUGUGAACGAUCAGACGCAGGCGCAGCAGUUGCAACAACAGCAACGCAGCCGAUCGGCGAGUCCCAAUUCGAGAAAGUGCUGGCUGGAGAGCAGCUUUGUUGGCACACGGCCAUUGGACUCACCACAAACGCCGGUCAUCGACAGCAGCAGCAGCCCGCCCGCUUCCCAACACCAUCUGCAGCUCCAUCAGCAUCAGCAGCAGCAGUUUCACUUGGAUGCCGCUGGACAGCCGCCACUACGCAUGAACGGACUUAGCCGAGUCGGCGGCGGUGGCGCGCCUGAACGCUCGUUGAGCAGCGCAUCGCUAGAAGAUGUCUUAGCCUCACUUUUAGGACUGCCAACUACCUCCUCCUCCAACAGCCAGAACAACAACAACAACAGAAAUCAAGCGACUACGGCGACCAUUGCAGGGUCCUCGACGACAGCAGAAACAGCUAGUCGUCAGCAGCUGGAGGUGGAGCAGCAGCUUCUACGACGUCGCAGCGAAGGUGACGCACCCAGUCAGCAGAAGCAGAAGCAACAAAACAGUCAGUCACAAAGUCAAUCCCAAUCCCACUCACAUUCUCAAUCACAAUCCCAGUCACAAGCUCCAAUUCAAAGCCAAUCCAAUUCGAAUGCCAGCAAUCGGCGAGUAUCGCUGGGCGACUCCAACGCCCACCAGGACAAGGGGAGCAGCAGCAACAACGGCGGCAUCGGCGUCGGCAAUAUCGACCAGCAACUGCAGAUCAGAUGUCGGAACACCAAGUGCGAGGCAAGUGCCACGCCCGCCGAUGCCAAGAAGCUGUACAAGUCAUGCCACAAUUGUACCCAUUUAUAUUGUUCACGUGAGUGUCGGCGCGCCCACUGGGAGAAGCAUCGGAAGGCGUGCCUGCACUCGCGUGCGUCCAAUCUGUGCCGCCAGGUGUUAGCCACCUGCAAGGAUGACGUCGACUCGCAGCGUCACCUCAGUCUGCUCGCCCGCAAGGGCAGCCUUUCCCAGGGACGCGGGGUUGUCCGGGUUCUGUUCCGCAGCGCCGAGGCGGCUGAGGGAUUUAUCAAGCAUGGUUUCCAGUGCAUGGGCGAGGCAUCCUAUGUUCGCUGGCCGGAUCUCAUGCCAGCUGAAAUGGGUCUGGAACUCUAUUCGGAGUUGCUGAAACUGAGCACAGAGUACAAGCCCGAGUCCAAGAUGCUCAUCUAUGUGGCCAUUUGUGUGGUCUCCGAGGCGCCGGGCAUGGGUCAAGCGCCUGUGCGCUGGGAACGCCAACUGGUCUCGCGUUGCGCCAAGCUGAAGCUCUGCAAGAGCGUGCUCGCCGAACUGGAACUGCAGCAGCAGGCGCUGCAACAACCACUCGCGGUUAUGGCCGUUCCAGAGAGCACUGAGAUCCUCAUACUUACCUUCAAUCCCGGCCUGCGCACCGCGCCCGGCAAUCGGGAGCUCAUACUGUCCAAUAUAUUGGAUAUAUUGUCGCGUCGUGGUGUACUGCUGCGCAAGCAUUAUCCAGAGAUUUAUCAGCGCCUGCAGACCUACACCGAGGGCCAGACGGACAAGUUUAAUCCGGUGACGUUGCAUCCGCGAGACUCGCAGACGGGCCAGAGCUUUGUGUGCAUCAUCAUGCCCGUGCACACAGACAGCGAGUUCAUCAAACUGCCCUCGGCGGCCGAUGGUGGCGGCAAUCGUGUGACAACCAUCGACGUCGGCUCUCCAGCCGCCCUUGCCCAGCUGGACGAUGAUGAGCUCCUAACACGCACCACGCAAGCGAGUUGAUUAAAGGCGAGCAGCAGCAACACUAACAACACUAACACUAGGCGCAGCAGCGGCAAUGCCACGCCUCCGCAUGUCCUGAACGCCUAUGGCGAUUCCCUAGGCUCUGGCCUUGAGAGCACUCGCAUGUGAGCGCAUCUCAAUCUCUUCCAAACCUUGCUCUUGUUUAUCACUUAAGUCUCUAUCAAGUCGCUUCUCUCCCUUUCUCUCUCUGUCUCUCUACGCUAUAAUAUGCAUGUUAGUUAAUCAGCUGUUCUGUUACUUCGAUUAACUAAACUAGUUACUAGCUACCAGUUAAGCAAUGGGGCGUGUCAGUAUACAAUACAUACUCGUACAUAUAUCAGUAGGGCCCUCCACUCGUUGUUUGGUACACCAUAACACUUAUCAAAAUUGUCAGUCGACUCGCUAUAUAACUCUCAAAACUAUCGAAAAUUAUCAAUGGGGGGAAUACCCUCCAUAACUUUAAAAAACUAACGGUAACAAGUCAAGCUUUACUAUCACAAUAUAUCUCUGAGCUUACAAGCGACUUUCUAGGGUCACAUGCAAAGGCUACAUGCUAUACAACUAUAAAAAACAAUUGACACAGUGCUGCCAAUAAUCUGACCGUUACAACAGCAUAGAUUUGAAGACAAAAAUAUUGAAAAAUUGGUAGAAAUAUAAAAAAUUCGCAAAAGAAAAGAUCAGCUCAAAUGCACAUAAAACAAAGUUUAAAAAUAAUAAAUAAUUAAGAAUGUGCAUCACUGGUGGUACACAUAAAAAGCUUAAUUUUGUUUAUGAUAGAUAGCACUGUAAAAUAACCAGGACCCCUUUACAUGUAUUCUGCAGCUUCCAUAAAAAAAUAUAAAAGACAGAAACUAAACACAUUAAAGUUUAUAUAAUACAAUAAUAACUUGAGCAACAGUAUAGCAUAAGUGCCCACAAAUAAGUUAAUGCAAGCAUUUCAAACAUCAAACGAUUUCCUAUAUGAGCUGAGGCGCAUUUUGAAGCAUAACCUCACUUUUUAUAAUGCAAUUGAACACAAAACACAUCAUAAACUCUAACUACAACUAUAAAUGUAACAAACUAACUACAAAUAUAUAUUAAGUUUCUCGUAUAUCUCCUUCUAGUAUGUGUUAAAUGUAACAAAAGCAAAUUAUUUGCUUACGGCCUUAUUUAAAGUUUGUUGAAUUUGUUCUGCUCGCUCCAAAGGAAGUAACAUUUUGUAGCCUUUUAAAUUAGGUUUUUAAUUUAUGUGUAAGUCGAAGUGCGGAUCUAGGUUAGCUUAAAUAUAUCUACUCGUAUUAGUUAAAUUUAUGUACUGAAUACUAGAGUUGAGAAUCAAAAGAUAAACAAAAAUAUUGCCCAAUUAAACAUUUUUGAAGUUCACGUUUUAGCUAAAAUAAAUAUUUAGUGAUCGAGAAUUCUACCCAUUCCUUUGCUAGUUCCAAUUUUUUAACUAAAACACGACAAUUUAUACAUUUGUGUGUAAAUAAAACUCAAAAAAAGGAGAAGCCUGUAUUAAUUGUAUUAACAUAUGCAUUAUACAGUUCUUAAAAGCAAAAAAAUGCCGAUUUCGCAGACUCAUACAUAUAUAUCAUGCAUCAUUAACUAUCAAAAAUAAAGUAAAUAAAUAAAGAAAACUGUAAGUUGUUUAGUACUUGUAAGAAGGACUUGAAAAACAAUAAAUAAAAUGCAUUCAAAAUUAUUGAAA